AGGCGUGUCUUCUCUCCGACCCUCCCCGCCCCUUGUCCCCGCACUCACCCGCGCCUCCCUCCGGCCAAGACCGCCUUUAUAACUGCGCUGCGCGGCGGGCGCUGGAUCCGAGGUGGCUGGAUCUAGACGGAGACGCAGCCUCGGGACGCCCCCAGCACCGCGGGCCGGGACUCCAGUCUACGCGCGCGAGGCAGCGCCAAGUUCACCGCGAAAGCCGAAAGCCGGCACACAAGGGACCAAAAUGACCACUUUAGCCCCUAGUGGCUGCCGCUCAAACCUGGACUCCAGGUACCACAGACUCUGUGACACGGCUGAAAGUUGGGGCAUCAUCCUAGAAACGUUCGCUGCGCUGGGAGCUGUGGCAUCGGUGGUCUUCAUGUUCGCUCUCCUGGUUCUCAUCUGCAAAGUUCAGGACUCCAACAGGCGGAAGAUGCUCCCGACCCAAUUUCUCUUCCUCCUUGGUGUGUUAGGGGUCUUUGGCCUCACUUUUGCCUUCAUCAUCAAACUGGACGGGGGCACGGGGCCCACGCGCUUCUUCCUCUUCGGCAUCCUCUUCGCCAUCUGUUUCUCUUGCCUCCUGGCCCACGCUUUCAAUUUGACAAAGCUUGUCCGCGGGAAGGAGUCCCUUCCCUGGCUGGUGACUCUGGGCUUGGCUUUGGGCUUCAGCUUGGUGCAGGAUGUCAUUGCUGUUGAGUAUAUUGUCCUCGCCAUGAACAGGACCAACGUGCACAUCUUUUCUGAGCUUUCUGUUCCUCGUCGCAAUGAAGACUUUGUCAUGCUGCUCAUCUAUGUCUUCCUCUUGAUGCUGCUGACCUUCCUCACAUCCCUCUUUGUCUUCUGUGGCUCCUUCACCGGCUGGAAGAGACACGGGGCCCACAUCUGCCUUACCAUGUUCUUCUCCAUCGCCACCUGGGUGGCGUGGAUCAUCCUGCUCUUGAUAUCUGCCCUGGACUCCAAGUGGGAUGACACCAUCCUCAGCACAGCCUUGGUUCUCAAUGGCUGGAUUUUCCUGUUGUUUUAUGUCUUGCCUGAGUUUAUGCUGCUACCGAAGCAACGCAACCCCAUGGAUUACCCGGUGGAAGAUGCUCUCUGUAAACCCCAACACAUGAAGCAGAGCUACGGCAUGGAGAACAGAGCCUACUCCCAAGAGGAAAUCUCCCCAGGUUUUGAGGAGACGGGGGAUUCGCAGUAUGCUCCGUAUUCCACGCAUUUCCCACUGCAGAAUCGGACUCCUAAAAAGGAUUUUUCCAUCCCACGGGCCCAGGCUCGGUCUAGCCCUUAUAAUAACUAUGAAGGAAGAAAAGGAGGCAGUUAGCUCUGUUCUGAAGAGUGGCAGACCCAGCUGGGAGCCCAAAGGGAUGUGGGCCGAACCUGGAAUCUUCUAAAGUUGUACAGUGUCACAGGAGGCCUCACUUGCUCCCUCCCAGGCCAGGCCACUACUCUUCUGUGCUGGUGCUGAUGGUGGCCAGUAAGACUCCAUUUCUUGUGGGGUGUGGUGGCACAUACCUGUAAUCCCAGCACUCCAGAGGCUGAGGCAGGAGAAUCAAGGAGAGUUCAAGGC